AUGCAAUUUGUCGCCAACCACACGUCUAUUCCUGUCCCCAAAGUACAUUACGCUUUCAUCCAUAAGGGAACAUCGUAUAUUGUGAUGCAGCAUAUCAAGGGGCAAAUGGCGGCGAAUGGUUGGACAAGCCGCUCGGAUGAAUCAAAAGCACGAAUCCUGGAGCAAUUGCGUGGUAUGAUCACCGAGCUUCGCUCUGUCAUACCCCCGGAAGGGACAAAGGUUAGCAGUGUCGAAAACGGGCCUUUCUACGACUGCCGGCUACCGCCGCGGCUCUACUGGGGCCCCUACGCCAGCGUUCGUGAGUUACAUGAAGCGCUGGUCAAUAAUAUUCCCUGGGACGCCGACUACAUCAAAUACCCUGACCUUAUUGAACUCUUUGACUUCUACCGGCAAGCAGAAAACAAGCUAGUCUUCACCCAUGGCGACCUGAGCAGCCUCAAUAUUCUGGGUGGUUUCCAAAAUACUGGGAAUAUACCACAGCGAAGUGUGUGA